CGUUCCUCCGCGAUUCUCUGCACCUGACCUCUUCCUUUUUCUUCCUGCCCUUCCGCCUCGCAGCUCCCCCACCUCCCAUUUGCCUCCGGCCUUGCGCAGGCCCUGUGGGUGGCUGUGGGCGCUCACCAAUCCCAUUCCCAUCAACACCGGCUGCUGCUUGUAGAAGAAGAAGAACAAGAGUAAGGUAGCCUCUGUUCGGUCUUGAGGUUUCCCCACUGGUCGGACGGGACGAGGAGCGAUGGCGUUCCAAGGGACGACGACCAAGUGCACGGCGUGCACCAAGACGGUGUACUUGGUCGAAAAGCUCACCGCCGACAACCGGGUCUACCACAAGGCCUGCUUCAGGUGCCACCAUUGCAAGGGCACAUUGAAGCUGGGAAACUAUAAUUCCUUUGAGGGAGUCCUGUAUUGCAGACCUCAUUUUGAUCAAAUCUACAAAUCAACUGGCAGUCUGGACAAAAGCUUUGAAGGGACCCCAAAGGUUGUCAAACCGGAAAAGUUUGUCGAUAACGAGAAUGCAAACAAGGUAUCAAGUGCUUUUGCUGGCACCAGAGAGAAGUGUGUUGGUUGCAAGAAGACUGUAUAUCCAAUCGAAAGGGUCACGGUCAAUGGCACCGCAUAUCACAAGAGCUGCUUUAAAUGUUCUCAUGGAGGAUGCACCAUCAGCCCUUCAAACUACAUUGCACAUGAGGGGACGUUAUACUGUAAGCAUCACCACAUCCAGCUAAUCAAGCAGAAAGGGAAUUACAGCAAACUUGAGGAUGAGAAAGAGAAGACUUCGGAUGAGGCAGCAUCUCCUCCCCAAGAGGAAGAAUCUGAUGCAUGAUCGAUCUCCACAAAUGCUGUCUCUUUUUGCUUUCUUUUUUACUGCUGCAUCCCUUCGAGAGCGAUAUCCUUGGUUUUUGGAUGAAAUGCUGUUGAUCACAAA